CAGAGAACCGCUGGACGAGUCAAAGGUAGUGAGCUUUUCACCGUUGUCGUUCGUUUGCGGACGUAGGGAAACAUCUACCUUCAUCUGACAAUACGCCAUCGCUAAGACGUAUUGUUUUGGUCAGUUUGGUUCCAAACAUAUUUGGGAAGAUAAGACGUAUGAGAUUUUUCAACGGAAAGAAGCGGGAGUGCUUCUGUACUAGCUGCAGUACAUUAGCUAGCAAUAGCACUGCAAGCCGGUAGCCCAGAUUAGCAGAUAACGGAAAUAGCUUCUCUCAUUGAGCUUUUGAGGUGCAUUUUAGCGUGAUGGCUUGUGGAGCUACUCUGAAAAGGACUCUGGAUUUUGACCCGUUAAUGAAUCAAGGUUCCCCCAAGAGGAGGAGGUGCACCCCAAUUAGAUCUCCUGUCUCCUCACCUCAGAAAUAUCUCCGUCAGGAGCCUUCGCCGUUUGGACAAGUGUCUUCCAGGCUCACCACAGAGCAAAUUCUGCAGAACAUCAAGCAGGAGUAUAAGCGGCUCAAAAGACGAAACCUGGAUAGUUCGGUCCAGCAAGUAGACUGUUUUGCUCCUCAGGACUUUCAGAAUAUUCCCAGUGGAUCCUUCCUAUCAGGUGCUUGCUCAGGCCCGUCCUCUCCCACCAGGAAAGAGCAGCCCUUAUUUUCUCUCAGACAGGUCGGGAUGAUCUGCGAAAGACUACUGAAGGAGCGGGAGGACAAAAUAAGAGCGGAGUAUGAUGAAAUUCUUACAACAAAACUAGCAGAGCAGUACGAUGCCUUUGUCAAGUUCACACAUGAUCAACUGAUGAGGAGGUUUGGAGAGCAGCCUGCAAGCUAUGUUUCUUGAGUGUCAUGUAUUGAGUUGCAAAAUAUUUUCACCCGAUCUGCUGGAACCUUCUCCAAGGACUCAGUGGUGUCCUUGGACUUUUCUCCUAGCUGUGCCAUAUCUCCUCCAAGUGGACUAGUUACCCCGGGCAUCUAGUCUGUGGCUUCCAAGUUUCCAGUUUGGAGGUCUCCCUGCUGUCCACGUAUAACUCCACCAGUGGCCUCUUCAUAUUUAUUUGGCUUUCUUCUUUGGAGGCUUUCAUACGAGGCUACUGUUACUCUAGCCUUUUCAAUAUGUUAUUUUAAUAUUGUACAUUUCUCAUUUGUAUAUUUUGGAAAAGACAUUAAACAUUAAACAGCAGCAUUUGUUUCCCCAGCUGUUCAAAACUGUACCGGCAUUUAAUGCGUCUGUAUUUGUAUACACUGUAUUUUUGUUUUUUUUGCUUGACUUUUAUCCAUUAUACCAAAACUUACUAAUUGUAAAAAGGGACAUAAAUGGGGAGAACUAAUAAACUGUUUUCACAAA